AUUAACUCAAUAAAAACAUUUUACAAACGGACAUGUGACACGUAUUAAUGCUAAAAUAACUUGCAAGACAGAAAAUAGAAUUUUAAUGUCUGCCCCACCUGCCCUGAACGUGGCCGCUGGUUGCUUUGUAGCUAUGCAUGAGCUAGUACUCCAUUGUUUCCACUAGCUUCUAAAMCCACUAAGUCAGAAUUGGCUGCACAAUUAGCUUUUUGGUCUUAAUUUAGGGUUAGGCAUAAGGUUAGCAGUGUGGUUAAGGUUAGGUGUAAAAUCCAAUUUUAAGAAGAUAKAUUGUAGAAAUGGGCAGAGUUUAUGACUGUGGCUAUAGAAGCUAAGAGCCUUCUACAUUGCUAGCUAGCACACUAAAGUUAACACACAAUCACAUCAAGCAGCMGAAAUUACAGCAAACUAUGUGCAUUUUCGUUUGUUUCACCUUUGUUUCUUUCUAUUGUCAUUUCUUUGAAAUUAUCCAUUAUAAUGAUCCUGAUAAAUUAAUUAACAUGGCUCAGAAGCUGUCAGUCUUGUCACAUUUAUUCUCUAUGCAUGACAUUGUGGAGUUCGCAAAAAAAACUGCACAGGUCAGAGGCAAACAAGGUUUAGACAAACCCCAACUAUUUAAACCAAAUGCUAGCCUAGUAGCAUGGGGAAAUAUUGUUUAGAUACRUUUUUCCAGGGGAGAAGUAAGUUUCUGAAUUGGCUGUGAGACAGUGGAUGCGCAUUGUGAAUUCAAAUGGAACUGUUAAUAGGGAUGGUGGUGAAUAACUAAAUCCUCACUAUUAACCAAUCAGCAUCCAGGAACCAAACAACCCGUUUUAUAAUAGGCCAGGGGUGUAUUCAUUCCGCCGAUUCUGUUGCAAAACGCUUCUUAAAGGAAGCAAACGGAGCGAAUCAGGGAGGGACAUACCUGAAUUUGUCCAAUAGAAACCCUCGUUUUAGUUGCAACUGUUAGCCAGAAUGAAUACAGCCCAGCUCUCGUCCUCCUGACCUAGUGAGAGACAACUCUGUAAACUUUGACACGAUUAAGAUUUGGGCAAGAUUUUGACAGAAUGGGACACGCGCACGGCUGUACUGUGCUCCUUAUAGUAUUCCUUGCGCUACAGCAAGCUGCUGGAUUUUGGCUCUUCGAUGUCUUUCCAUCAAGUUUCAAAACUCAAAACAAAGUGCCAAACAAUAGCACUCCGCCGGUUCUUAUAGUGCCUGGGACUGCAGGAAACCAGCUUGAAGCCAAGAUUGACAAGCCAAGCCGUGUGCAUUGGAUGUGCUACAAAAAGACAGAUUACUUUUUCACACUUUGGAUUGACUUGAAUAUGUUCAUGCCAAUUGGAAUUAACUGUUGGAUUGAUAAUAUAAGAAUUGUAUACAAUAGGACAACUCGCAAGUCAUCCAAUUCUGCAGGGGUGUCUGUGAGAGUGCCUGGUUUUGGACAGACAUAUACUGUUGAGUUCUUGGACAACAACAAGCUGUCAGGUUAUUUUAAUAAUAUGGUUACACAUUUGGUCAACAUGGGAUAUGUCCGCAAUGAGGCUGUCCGAGCAGCACCAUAUGACUUCAGAGUAGCUCCGAAUGAGCAGGAGGAAUACUUUGCACGACUGAAGAAGCUGAUUGAGGAUAUGUACGAGCGAGAUCAACAACCACUUUACAUCCUGGGCCAUAGCAUGGGAAGCAAUUAUGUCCUCUACUUCUUAUAUCAGCAGACCCAGGCUUGGAAAGAGGAAUACAUCAAAGGCUUCAUUUCACUUGGAGCACCCUGGGGUGGGGCUGUCAAGACCCUUCGAGUACUAGCAUCAGGUGAAAAUCUUGGCAUCCCACUGGUGUCCAACAUCAAGAUCCGGGAGCAGCAGCGGAUGACCACCACAAACCCCUGGAUGCUUCCAUUUGAAGAGGCCUGGCCUGCAGACCACYUCUUCAUCUCCACGCCAUCAUUCAACUAUACCCGACAGGACUACCAGCGCUUCUUUAAAGACAUUGACUUUGAAGAUGGCUGGUUCAUGUGGGAAGACACCAGAAACUUGACAGCUGGUCUGCCCCCUCCUGGUGUUGAGAUGUACUGCUUCUAUGGUGUGGGGCUGCUCACACCGGUUACCUAUAUUUAUGACGACCAGUUCCCAAAUGCAGACCCCAUAGACUAUGUGUAUGCUGAUGGGGAUGAUACAGUGGACAGUCUUAGCCURGGUCUUUGUAAACGCUGGAGAGGGAAGCAAGCACAGCCUGUCCAUGUCAAGGAAUUCAGGUCUAUGCCCCACAUGGAAAUAGUAUUAAAUAGGAAGGUGAUCAAUGUGGUCCAGAGUAUUCUGGAGGGAAGAUAUCGUGAAGAGGAUUCUACAUUGAUGAACUGAUGAACGUCCCAUUGAUUCCACACUCAUGCAAGAUCAGGCCCAGCUGGACCAGCCUCCCAAAUCUAUACUGUAAGCUUUUGGGGAGAAGAUUAUUCACCCUCCCAAUAUACAUACUAUUACUGAUGCCAGUAGGCUAGCUACGGAGGUGGACUUAUACACAAUGUACAAACCAUUAGGAACACCUGCUCUUUCCAUGACAGACUGACCAGGUGAAUCCAGGUGAACACUAUGAUCUCUUAUUGA